GAAGGACCUAACAGGAAGUUGUGUUUUUAUUAGUCAUGCUAACUAUUGCUCGCGUGAUUAUUUCUCAAUUCCAGCGGAAGAGGUUUCCAAAUGUUAAAGUAGAAGAUGCUGUCCACUCCGUCGGAUUUUUCUGAGUGUUUUCGAGAAUGGGAGGAUUUAGAAAAAGACUUCCAUCAAAUUCAGGAUGCCCAUCGUUUAUAUAAACAGAAGCUUGAAGAAGUUACCAAAUUACAGGAUAGCUGCUCUGGAGCUAUUGCACGACAGAGGAAGAAACUAAAAGAGCUCACUUCAUCUUUGGAAGAAUGCAAACAAAACAAUUCAACGCCAACAAUAAGCUCAGAGACGGAGAACUCCAUCGCUGAAAUAGAGGACUCCAUUAAAGACAGGGCUGAUGCCUUCUUUGAGAUGGAGGCUUUCCUGCCAAAGAAAAACGGACUCUAUCUCACUCUUGUUUUAGGAAAUGUCAAUGUUACCCUUCUCAACAAACAAGCAAAAUUUGCCUACAAGGAUGAGUAUGAGAAGUUCAAACUGGUCCUCACAGUCAUCCUCUUCAUGUUCUCCUUCACAUGUCGCUUUUUGCUGAGUUACAGAGUUCUGGACGCGCUGUUCAACUUCCUGUUGGUGUGGUAUUACUGCACGCUAACCAUUCGGGAGAGCAUCCUCAUCAGUAACGGCUCACGGAUCAAAGGUUGGUGGGUUUUCCAUCACUACGUGUCGACUUUCUUGUCAGGAGUCAUGCUCACCUGGCCUGAAGGAACUCUUUACCAGAUGUUUAGAAAUCAAUUCCUCAGCUACAAUUUAUACCAAAGCUUUGUCCAGUUUCUCCAGUACUACUACCAGAGUGGCUGUUUGUACAGACUCAGAGCUCUCGGAGAAAGACAUAAUAUGGACCUCACUGUUGAGGGUUUCCAGUCAUGGAUGUGGAGAGGACUGACCUUCCUUCUUCCUUUCUUAUUUUUUGGUCAUUUCUGGCAGCUCUACAAUAGUAUGACGCUUUUUAAGAUGUUUCAGCUUCCAGAGUGUAAAGAGUGGCAGGUGUUGAUGUGCGGCUGCUCCUACAUGGUUCUCUUCAUGGGAAACUUCUUCACGACACUAGGAGUGGUUUACCAGAAAUACAUGAACAACCAGGACAAGUCCAAGAGCAUAUGAGUAGAAACCACUCAAUCACCAAAUACCUGCUUCACUGGAUGAUAAAUAUUCAAGAAAAUAUAUAUUUUUCUUAAAGAUUUUUUCCCCAUUCGCACCAUUUACGUGCUCUUCUGUGAAGGUCCAGUUUCUUGGUUUCAUGUUUUUGUCGAUAAGGAGAGCUUUUGAUCGCAAAUUGUAGUGUGUUGAUUGUUGUGCAAAAAGCCUCGGUUUGCUAAUGGAGUACAAAUGCAAUUCUUCAUCUGUUUUUAAACUGUCCUGUUAAAAUGUUAUUUGGAGAAAAAAAGCUUUUACAGUAUCAGAAAAAGUUGCAAUAAAAAGUGAAGAAACUUGAA